UCUCUCCCGUUCCUCGUCCCAAACCAAUGGCCGCCGCUGCUCGACCUCUCGUAACCGUCCAGCCGUUAGACGGCGACAUGGCGACAGAUGGUGGAAACACCGUUCCCCUGCCGGACGUGAUGAAAGCUUCCAUUCGUCCAGACAUCGUCAACUUCGUCCAUGCCAAUAUCUCCAGGAACAGUCGCCAACCCUACGCUGUAAGCAAGAAGGCAGGCCAUCAGACCUCAGCCGAGUCUUGGGGUACUGGUCGUGCUGUCUCUCGUAUCCCUCGUGUUCCAGGUGGGGGUACUCACCGUGCAGGUCAGGGUGCUUUCGGUAACAUGUGUCGCGGUGGUCGCAUGUUUGCUCCCACCAAGAUCUGGCGCCGUUGGCACCGAAAGAUCAAUGUCAACCAGAAGCGUUACGCUGUGGCCUCUGCCCUAGCCGCAUCUGCUGUCCCUUCAAUUGUCCUCGCCCGUGGUCACCGCAUCGAGAAUGUCCCUGAGAUACCUCUUGUUGUGGGUGAUUCCGCAGAGGCCGUGGAGAAGACAUCAGCUGCUAUCAAGAUACUCGAGCAAGUUGGUGCUUUCCCCGAUGCUAAGAAGGCCAAGGACAGCCAUGCCAUUCGACCUGGAAAGGGUAAGAUGAGGAACCGUAGGUACAUUUCUCGCAAGGGCCCUCUGAUCGUUUAUGGUACCGAAGGUUCCAAGCUUGUUAAAGCUUUCCGUAAUAUCCCUGGAGUUGAAGUUGCUAAUGUUGAGAGGCUUAAUCUUCUUAAGCUCGCUCCUGGUGGUCAUCUUGGCCGGUUUAUCGUAUGGACUAAAUCUGCUUUUGAGAAGUUAGAUUCAAUCUACGGUACAUUCGAGAAGCCAUCAGAGAAGAAAAAGGGUUAUGUCCUGCCUCGAUCUAAGAUGGUGAAUGCUGAUCUUACUAGGAUCAUUAAUUCUGAUGAGGUUCAGUCCGUGGUAAGGCCGAUCAAGACUGACGUUAAGAGGGCGCAGCUCAAGAAGAACCCAUUGAAGAAUUUGAACACUCUUCUCAAGCUCAACCCAUAUGCUAAGACCGCUAGGAGGAUGGCUCUUUUGGCUGAGGCUCAACGUGUCAAGGCAAAGAAAGAGAAGCUUGACAAGAAGAGGAAGCCAAUUUCUAAGGAGGAGGCUACUGCGAUAAAGGCUGCUGGCAAGGCAUGGUAUCAGACUAUGAUAUCAGACAGUGACUACACCGAGUUUGACAAUUUCACAAAAUGGCUAGGCGUAUCACAGUAAUGAGUGUUUUCUUAAUUAAGGCAUUUGGAGUUCUC